GUGAACGUGUACGUAGGCUCCUUUUUGACCCGGCUUUUUUUACUUUUCUUGAGCGGGGCCAGGAACUCCACACCAUAUGAUACUUUACUCUAUCACACCUUCCGACCGCAACUCUUUUCAUUCAUUACAAGGUCGGGGCAAGCUGUAGCGAUCACCAUCGUGGUUAUGGUCAAGAAAUUAAACAUAAAGUAGAUGGUGUAAAGCACAGCUCUUAAAUAUAAAGACCAAACAAAGAUGCAAUACGUAGGCCGAUUCGUUUCAUCGGUGUAUAACACCAUCACGCCAAACAUCAAUCCUGCAACUCUAAGUGGUGCAAUCGAUGUGAUCGUUGUUGAACGUGAGGUGGAAAAAGAGGUGGACGAGGAAGAUGGAAGUGGAAAAAAGAAAAAGAUCAAAGUGACAGAAUUAGCAAGUACUCCUUUUCAUGUUCGAUUCGGUAAAAUGAGUGUUUUACGACCAGCAGAAAGAAAGGUCACUCUUCAUCUAAAUGAUUCACCUGAACCACUUCCAUUCGCAAUGAAAGUUGGUGAAGCGGGAGAAGCAUUCUUUGUCUUGGAACUAAACGACGAAGAAGCAAGGCAAGGCGUACCAGACGAAUUGGUUACCAGUCCUAUUCUCAGUGCAACAACAAGUCCAAACAUUCCUGCUGAUGAUGUACUCAAAAGUAGCAAUUCGGAUAGCAAAAUAAAGCAAAGUACAAAUGAUUCGCAUAUGGAACUGACUGAGGGUCAUCAACCACCACGCAAGCUUAUCGCAGAAACGUAUGUCGAGCCGUUAGAUUUAGGUGCUUCAAGUACUAGCUCGACAACGAAACCAGCAGAUCUUCCAAAAGCUUCCUCCAGCAAGCCUGCAAAAGCAGAAGAGGCUGAACAGGACAUCAUUCCUACAGUCAAGACCAAUGGUCAAAAAGAUGCUUUGCACUAUAUGCUCGAUAUGGAUGGUUAUAAAAUGACAGAAGAUGGAGAAGAAAUUGCAUACGAAGAAUCAUCACGUUUGGCGAAAGAAGUUCCAAUCUCAAAAAGGCAUGGACUCCCUUUGGCAAAUGGUGGAGCGUCUGCCGGACCUCGUUCAGCUCAAAGACGUGGAAGUUUUGGAGACGUAGAGGGAAAAUCACUCAAUGGCAGUGCUGCAGCGGAAACUUUGCAAAAGAGGAGAGGGUCUUUUUCUGUACGCAUGAACGGAAGUAGCGAUGAUGUGAUGGUACGAGAUGGCGAAGCAUCCCUAGAAUCAGCGGCACAAUCGACGACAGAUACGAUAUCCGGUGCAAAUCCUGAAAUAAUACAGCAUACUAGCAAAGCUCUCGGAAAAGAAAUUUCUGGCUGGUCAGCACCUGGAUCAUUACCACGUACGAGCACUGAUCCCCUCUUAGAUACCAAAAGUAUCUCUAAAGCUAACGGAAAAGCUGAAGAAGAGAAAAUUACACCUCCAAGACGUGCAAUGACCAGUGUCGAGGCGAUUGGACAACAGAAAACAUACGCCAAAACUCUGCGUCUUACAUCAGAUCAACUCAAAUCUCUCGACUUAAAGAAAGGAGCAAACACAAUCUCGUUCAGUGUUACAUCUUCUUAUUCUGGUGUUGCUAUGUGUACUGCACGGAUAUUCUUGUGGAAUAGCACGCAUCGAAUUGUCGUUUCUGAUAUUGAUGGAACGAUCACAAAGAGUGAUGCUUUGGGACAUCUUUAUACCAUGAUCGGUAGAGAUUGGACGCACAGUGGAGUAGCGAAGUUGUAUACGGAUGUUGCUCGAAAUGGUUAUCGGAUCAUGUAUCUGACUUCUCGUGCUAUUGGACAAGCUGAUUCUACGCGAGACUACCUACGAGGGAUCAAUCAAGGCAACUUUAGGCUUCCAGAUGGACCGGUGAUCAUGAGUCCGGACCGUUUGAUGGCAAGUUUACAUCGUGAAGUGAUUUUGCGUAAGCCUGAAGUGUUCAAAAUGGCAUGCUUGCGUGAUAUCGCCAGACUUUUUGGUGCUGAUCAACGUGGUUCUGGAUCCGCACAAACUGGACUUCCGCAAAAGAAAGAGAAGGAGGUUGACAGUACAGCUUCAUCGAAUGAUAAAGAUCCACUAUCAAUCGCUUCUGCUACAUCAACAAAUCAGAACAAUCAGCCUACACCAUUUUAUGCUGGAUUUGGUAAUCGUAUUACGGAUGCUUUGAGUUAUCGAAGUGUGAAUAUUCCCAGUUCGCGUAUUUUCACAAUUGACAGUAAUGGUGAAGUAAAGAUGGAGUUGCUGGAGCUGGCAGGAUAUAAAUCAUCUUAUAUUCAUAUGACAGAUUUGGUCGAUCAAAUGUUUCCACCAAUUACCGCCAAAUCCGUUGAAGGAAAUACAGGAAAGCCCGAAUUCAACGAUUUCAACUUUUGGCGAUCGGAAUUGGGAGAAUUUGAUCUUCCACCAGAUGAUGAAUUAAUUCAUACACCCGUACCAAGUUCUCCCGUUUCGCCAGCUUUGAGCGCUCGUAGCAUUCGCAGUACAAAAAGUCUUCGAAGCGUACGAGAUGAUGAAUUUGUGGCGCCAUCAAAUGGAAAUGCAAUAGCAAACACUCAUGGCAGAUCCAACAGCAAUGCGAACGAUGAUGUACAAAGUAACACUGGAAGCACGAGUAGACUUUCACGUUUUGGUUUGGGUAAGUUAGGAUUGUCGAGACGUGGAUCGAAUCAAACGAUCGCUGCACCUCCUUCUCAACAAGAAAAGCAGCGAGCGGAUACCGGCAGUAAUGUUUCACAAUCAGGACCUCCAACGAUCGCAAGUUCUCCUAGCAGUAGUAGUUUGUUGAUCGGUACUUCUCCACCUUCUUCGCCUGGAUCGUACGGAAGCGGUGUCACUUCUUGGACCGCUGGAUGGAGAAGAAGGGCAGCUUCGCCAACCGCACAAAAUCCAAGCGCAGCAGGAAACGUUCAAGCCACAAGUCCACUCGUCGGUCCUGUGAUCAAUGCGGAACCUGAUGAUUUGGACGAAGAUGGGGAAGAUGACGAUGACGUCAGUUCAUUCGGCGGAGAUGAAGAAGAGGGCGAUGAAGAUGACGAGGAAGAUGAUAAUGAUGAAGAAGAAGGGCAAAAUGGAGAUCAACAAGGUCGAAGAUCAGGACGCAAACGCGAUAAUCGUAAUGAUAUGGGAGAUGAUGUGAUGGACGAUGAUGAUCCUUUACUUGCAACGGGAGAAAUUCAAUUCGAAUGGAGAGGUUGAAAUAUCUGACAGCAAGAAGCUUUUGUAUGUCUUUUGAGGCUAUUCGUAUACUUUUUAUUGCAUAAAGUUGUUAUUUUGCUCCUGUUUCUGUGUAAAGCAUAUUAUUCUAUUGAUGAC